AUGGUAGGGUCACUAGGAAAAGGGGCUUAUCUUGGAGAAAUGGAUGUAAAAUUAGCUUUUAGAUUACUGCCGGUUCACCCUUCUGACCAUCAAUUACUUGGUUUCAAGUUCAAUGAUCAAUAUUAUUACGAUAUGUGUCUACCAAUGGGUUGUCCAAUAAGUUGUGCUUUAUGGGAAAAGUUUGCAUAUUUUAUUCAGUGGGUAGUAGAAGUAAAAACUGGAGUUCAUACAUUGAAACAUUACUUAGAUGAUUUCAUAUUUGCUGGGGGCACGUUAGAAACAUGUAACUUGUUGAUGUUUUCAUUCAAAAAUACCUGCUCUGCUUUUGGUAUCUCUCUUGCAGAAGUGAAAAGAGAGGGGCCAAAAUCAGUACUUAUAUUCCUUGGUAUAGAAAUUGAUACAGAUAAAAUGGUUAUUCGAAUUCCUGAAGAAAAAAUUAUCAAUCUGGAGAAAUCAGUGCUUGAUAUGUUACCAAAAAAAGUUACGCUGAGAGAAUUACAAUCUUUGGCAGGGUCUCUUAAUUUUUGUGCUAAAGCUAUUCCAUCUGCUAGGGCCUUUAAUAGAAGAUUUUGUGAUGCUAUGUGUGGAAUAAAUUACCCAAGUCAUUUCAUUAGGGUAACAAAGGAAAUGAAAUCUGACCUUCUUGUGUGGUUAGAUUCUAUACACUGCAGGUUUAAUGGCAGUUUAAAUUUCAUGACUGUUAAUUGGUUGUCUAAUGACCAACUUCAUCUCUACACCGACAGUGCAGGAGAUGAAAAGGUUAUUUGGAUUGUUGGUUCUUCAAUUAUUAAAUGGGCAUUCUACUAUGCAGGAAAAUCCUUUGAUGGUGUGGAUUUAGGUUUAAAACGAAGAAAUUACAGAAUAUUUUUUGCAGCGAAAGGGAGGUAUGAAAUGGACGAUGGUCUGAGCCUUAUUGAUGUGGAUGAACUGGUACCAUCAAGACAGCGUUGGAUAGACGACACCAAAGCGGAAAUCUUGGAUUGA